AUGGCCAAUUCAUUCGCUCGAGGUAAGUUUACUUUAGUUAAACCUGUUACUGUAGGACGAGUGAAUUGGGCAACGAUAUCCUGUUCUUGCAUGUGUAUGAUGACGAUGAUUAUGAUAAUGAUGAGCCCGUAUACUUUAAAUUCAAAGCCUGAAUAUUUGAUAUAUUUUUAGUGGAACAAAUGUACUUGUGAUCUUGACUUUUAAAUGUUUCUUUGUUUAGAGAUUGAUAAAUUCUUCUGCGACUUUGAAGAUCCUAACAGUUGCCAAUGGAUUCAAGAUAUCCGUGAGGAUGAUUUCGAUUGGACCAGAAAUCAAGGUCAUACAAAGUCCGGUUACAAUCGCCCAACUGCAGAUCAUACCAAGAGUUUUGGUAAGUGUUAUAUUCUGUUGGCCGAGAUAUCACUAUCAUCACCAUUAUAUUCACCAUAGACUGCGCGCAGUCCCUCCUUCGAAGGAAAGGAGGAACUGCAGACAUCACAUCAAUUAAGAAACGAAAUACGCUCACUUUUUGCACCGUCUCUUAGCUCCAAUAUAAUUAUUUUGGUGUUGUAAGCAAAUAAAUAUUUAUAGCGCGUAUCGUAUUGUUAUAAAAGUAAAAAUUCAACUUUACAUGCAGUGAAACGAGGACGUUUACGUUUUACAAGCAGAAGUAGAUAGUAUUACAUUAAAUUGUAUUCUCUCGAGAAAUAACAUACCAAACGCUUUCAGGCAGUAUGAAUAAAAAUGCUACGAGAUUUAGUUAAUAUGACAUAAUUUGACGGUUAAGUUCAUUAACUUUUUCAAACAAAGAUUUGUCAAUCAACUACAUCAACCAAGCGAAAUUUUGCGUUGUGUGGACAACACUUAUUUCGUUUCUUGACGUGUUGUCUGCAGUAGUACAGUCACUCCUUUCCUUUUAAGGCUCGCAGUCUAAUUCACCAUCAUUACCACUAGCAUUAUCACCUGUUCACCCGCAACAUCAGUCAUCACCACCUUCUCUCUUCCGCAGAGGCUUACAAAAGAUGCAAUAAAGUUUCUAGUGAGGGAAAAGUGAGUGCGCAAGGAGUGAUAGGAAGAGUUAAGUAAUGGAAGCCUCUGCUAGUUAAUGCAAUCAAUAUGGCGUCGUAUAUAAUCGUUUGGAGUUCGGUUCGAUAUCGACCUUCGAGAUAACCUGCGAUCAGGCCUAUAAAUGAAUAAAUAGACCUGAUACAAACCUUAACAAAAGGGCAUGCCGUACAACCGUAUUUCGGUUGUAAAUCUGAUUGGUCUAUGAGACAAAAGAUUUUUUGAUCUGGCAUUUGAUUGGUUGGUGCUAAUUAUAUUAUAUUAUAGUUGUUGAUAUAUUUUUAUAGUGAUCUCAACUAUAAUUUGAUUGUUGUUGUCGUUGCGUGAAAUUUUACAUUUGUCCUGCGACAUUUUGAUUGGAUACUAAAUAUAAAUGUUGUGAGUGGAAAGCGAUCGGAUUAAGGUUUGUGUCAGGCUAUUAUUUGUAAAAUAGAACCUGAUACUCAGGUUACCUUCGAGGGUUAAAACCUGUUUUCCACUUUCCUUUUCAGGCGUACUUGAGUCUCCUGGAAUGAAUUCAAUAUCAAUAUCUUCUUCUUUCAAUUUUCACUGAAAAAUAUUGAGAAAUUGCAAAUGAAUAUAAAUGAGCUAUCUAAUUAUAAAUAUCCUCUAAAUUGCAACAUUUCGUUAUAAAAAUGACUCUACUGAACUUCGAUACUCGGAUUUAUAUGAAGAUUUAUUUCAAUUUCUUGCACAUUUACGUCGAUUUCAAGUUUUUAAAAAAGGACAAGCAACUGGUUUGGUAAAGCCUUUCCGGCUUCAUUUCAAUCUUCCCAUCACAACGCGCGCGCUCACUUUUAUUCAGGAAACUUCAUGUAAGUUAUUUGUAAAUAUUUCAGAUAUUCAUGUAAGCCUCUGCGGAGGAGGGAGAUCACUACCCAUAAUUAACAGUCACUCUGCGAACUCGAGUCGUAUAUGAGCUGAAAGCCGACGAGGUGCGUAGCACCGAGUUUGUUAUCAGCCAUAUACGACGGGAGUAAGUAGAAUAACUGUUUGUACUAUUUACAACAUGAGCGGCCGUGUUGUAUCGGAUAUACAAACUCGAGCCGAAGGCGAGAGUUUGUAUAUCCGAUACAACACGGACGCGAAUGUUGUAAAUGGCUUAAUUUCAUUGGCGAAGUAAUUUUAAAAAUAAACGUUGUCUAAGCCGAGUAAAUCAAAGUUAAAGUUUAUGUAAUAAACAUGAAUUAUUAAUAAUUUUAUAAUAUACACUACUGAAUUCACAGUCUCAUCUGUAUGGCAAUAUUUUGACAGACAGUUUAGCAAUGAACACAACUUGCCCUAAAUCCGAUAAACCACUGCUGCUAUUCAUUUAAAUAAUACUUCAAACAUCGCUCAAAACUCGAAAUUUUCAUAUAUUUAAGGCUUUGUAUAGGUAAUAGCAUGGUUUCGAGUACAAUUUGGAUAUAACAUGCACGAGUGAGUUCUCCAAAGACUUCAAAAUAGCGCGAGUCCGAAGGACGAGUGCUAUUUGAGGUCUUUAAAAACUCACGAGUGCACAUGUUAUCCAAAUUUCAUGAGAAACUAUGCUAUUACUUAUUAAUAAUUUAAAAGUAUUAAUUCUGCAUUAUCAAAAUUUAAUAAAAUAGUGAAUUAGUACAAUUUGAAAUAGUUAAUAUAUCGGCGUGACAUAAUUUGCCGCGAGUUUCCUCUCUGUAUAUCUCUUCUCUGUGGUAUAGUUUUGAGUGUAAAAUGAUUAGCGGUUGUCUAGAUAAAAAUAUUGUGUGACCCCUGUUGUGACGUGACAUGCAUAUCUACAAAAAUUUAACAUGGCGGACAUUUCAUUCCUUUCGAUCAAAAUAUUUGUAGAAAUAAGCAAGAUAUGAAAAAAACGGUAAAAGAGUAUUAUAUAUCGUCUUAAAAGUUCUUUCGAAUGAUAAAAUAAAAAAUAUAUAUUGCCAUUUUUCUUUGAAAAAUUGGUACAUUUAUUAACUAGUUUAAAGGUGAUCUACAGUCUGUAUGUAAACAAAGCCUUUGUUUACAUUUUUGUGUCCAAAAUAUUGAGCUUCAUUCGACAACUAUUUAUAUUUUCAAGCUUCUAGAGUAUAAUAAAUGAUCAAGAAACAACAAUCAGGCUUUUCAAGAACUCAAAACAUAGUUAAACUGUUUGUAUCAUAAAAAGUGGGCUCAUUUGUGCACAUGCGCAGAUCGGACUGUAGAUCACCUUUAAGUAUUAAAAAUCUAUUUACUAACUUGUAAACUGAACAAUUGCUGGAAGUAUUUUCAAUUGUGUUUUUAUUCCUGUUGAUGCUAUAAAAAGCAAAUAACCUGUUGUUUUCUCGUUCAGAAAACUACGCUAAUUUUUGAGCCGCCAUCUUGUUUUUUUUCCACUGACAGGAUAUGAGCUAACAUCUUGCUAGUAGAGAGCCAAUGAAAAUACAGAAUAGCUCAUAUCCGGUAGUUGUAGUAAUAAUAACGGCUUAUUGACCGAGCGUGAGGUCUGUAUUGUGAAAUAUCAGACCGAGGUUUUUUAGUAUGGACCGAGCGACGAAGGAGCGAGGUCCAUGCAAAAAACAGAGGUUUGAUAUCUCACAGUACAGACCGAACAAGCGAGGUCAAUAAUCGGUUUAUUAUAUGGCUAAACUGAGUCUGUGAGCAUAUGCUUUUCGUGCAAAUUAAAUCGGCUAUCGCCAGUUUCACUGGGUAACAAUAUACGGUAGGCAUGCAUGCUCAAUCAAAAACAAUUUUGUUGUUUGAAAUUUUUAUCUGUAAAUUUUAAUGACACACAAUUGGAAAAUUAAAAAGCAAAAUUUUUUUCUGUUUGCAAAGCAAAAAUUUCCCGCCAGAUAAACGACAUCCGGGACACCGGUCCAGAUACGGAAAAUACGGACCACGGUCCGGAUAUGGGUUUUUACGGACCGCUUGUCAACCAAUCAGAAUAGAGAAUUUUGAAAAGCAAUAUAAUAAUGAUUGUUAUUUUCAUCAUCAUGCCCCAUUAACAUCAUCAAUACCACCAUCCCCUCCACCAUUGUUUUCAUCACCACCGUCACUACCAUCAUAACCUAACCGUAACCACCAUCAUUAUCAUAACCGUAACCACAUCAUCAUCAUAAUCACUCUUACCAACACCAACAUAUACACACACACUAUCAUUGUAACUACAAUAAAAUUUCUAUCAUAUAGACAAAUUUAGGUAAGGAUACGUUUUGAGAUAACAUCGCUACUUUGAAGUCCUCAAAUUUCAUAUUUUUUCUCCUAGGCCUUCUAAACAAGAAGCAAGGUCCCGGCUCCAUACGACAUGGCGAAGACAAUUGUACUAAUGUUCAUUCGGGCCCUUGUACAAGACCAGAAGAGGGAGCAUUCCUUGUGACAGGCAGAGGAUGUGGAGAAGACAGGCUGGAGUUCCGGCUCAUGCCGAAUGGAAUACUAAGGCUUACUAGAUAUGGCAUGUGUGUGAAGCCUGCUGACCAGGUGACUGAAGGAGCGCAGGUUGGUAAGAGUUUUGAGAUAUAUUUCUUGUUACAACGUGUUAACGCUGAACGAGGACAAGCAGACAUGAUGGAUUAUGACCUAUUCAAUCUCUUCUGAGUUUAUUUUCACUGGAUACCUUACCUACCUACCUACCUACCUACCUACCUUACCUACCUAACCUAACCUAACCUAACCUAACUUAACUUGACUUAACUUAACGUUACCUACCUACAUACCUACAUAUUUACUUGCUUGUUUUUUUCAAGGUGCGUGUUUUCAGCAGUUGUGAUGUGACAGACACGUGGAAUUGGACUGCUAACAGAUCACUGCAGUACAGGGAGAAAAUGUGUCUUAAGCUUGAUGAUGUAAAGCUCGUGCUUGACUCAGUCUGUGAUAAACCACGAAACUUGUUCGAGUUUGUGCCCAGUAAGUAUCACCCAGUGCUUUAUAUAACCGGAUUAUCUCACGUGAAUUGUCAAGCGGAAAAGUAAAGGGUGAUGGCAAUCUGUAUGCUAUUUACAUGCCAAAGGAAAGCGGUUGUGACAAUCAUAUAUACUUUUAACUAACUUUAUAUAUAGUGGGAACUGUAUCAAUUUUAAACUGUUCUUCUUCUAGUUCCAGUAAGGGUUAUUCUUUAUUGAUCCAGUGUUACUACAGGAAGAAACCUAAACUAUACUAACUUUAUUUAUGCUAGAUAGCUCAUUCACCAACUUUAUUUCUACUGGGUAGCUUUUAUUGGUCCAGUUGUAUAAACUGUUCUUUGUAGAGAUCCGGUAAGGACCAUUUCUUAUUUGUUCAGUGUUACUACCGAGUACCCGAGAAAACCUGCGCUGUUUGGUAGAGUCAAAUCAUGGAUAGUGUUUUCAUGAUCCAUGAUCAAACAGAAGCGCUCUUCUCACAUUGGAACAAAGGGAAAUUAAAAUCCAACAACUGCAUAUUGCAGAAAGAAUGUCACUUGCACCAAACACUGUGCCGCUGACACUAUACACUUCACUUUCCUGCAGGCUCCCUUAAAUCUACUCUCUCUAGCUUUUCAGGUUUAACCAACAUCAUGUUUCUCAUUUCAGCAUCCGGUUGGUAUUUAUACAUUGAAUACAUUGAAGCCUCGAACCAAAAACCGAACGGCACAGCUCGAUUGAUCUCACCAUCGACGACAAAAGCUAAAUCCUGUCUCAUCUUUUUUUACCACAUGUUCGGCGCUAACGUGGGUGAACUUCAGGUAUUUAUUUUUUGUAUGUUGUUGUUAUGUACUGUACUCAGGUGAAUAUGAUUUAUUAUUAUAUAUCAAUGGUCAAAGUCGCAUUUUUCUAGUGCUUUAUUGGUUGAGAGCAUAUCACGUGAGAGUGACGAAAUUAGACUGUCUCCCUCGCAACAGCGCGAGAGGGAGAUAUUAGAGAGUUUAAGUUCGACUUCCGAUAACGAUACCAAUACAGAUACUAACAACAUGUCAUGCGCAUGCUCUGUGCUCGCAAGAAGCACGAGGACAAGUGUAUUAUAAUUCAGCAUUACCGAAGUCGGCCGGCUUGUAUUGGAAGUCGGGGGAAUUUUACGAUAAACUCAUAUAAAUCGGAUAUUUCAUAAUUUUUACGAUAAACAUGUAAACUAUUUGUUUAUUAGCAUCGCCUGAGUAAUGUUUUAGUCGGAAUUUUAGCUCAGCUGCCUUUUAGUAUACUGCACAUUUUCGGUGACGAAUAAUGUCUGUAUACUUUAUCUGUCGUGAUAACUUAACGCUUUAACAUUUCCGGUACCAAAAUGAGGACGGAAGUGAAAACUUCGGUAUUGGUAGGCCUAUUGGAAGCCGAACUUAAACUCUCUAAUCGUUAUCGACCGGCGAGUAACAAAAAAAAAUCGCGUGCGCGAUCACGUGAAGAUGCGACCUUUCAUGGACAUGCCUAGUACGUAAUUAAAACUUUCGCUUUAAGUAACUGCAGUGUAGCCAGUGUUUAAUAUAACGUUUUAACAAUAAAAUAUUUUAUGUAUUUACGUUCAUUUGUUCUUUAAUUUGUUGUUUCUUUGACUAUUGAUAUAUAAUAAAACACUUAUUUACUGAGACCUUGGGAAAGCAGUGUGUUUUGUGGACCCUCGACCGUCGAUGUUUCCCUCGGCUCGGUCCACAAAACACAACCGAGGGAAACAUCGACGGUCUCGGGUCCACAAAACACAACCGAGGAAAACAUCGACGGUCGAGGGUCCACAAAACACACUGCUUUCCCACGAGGUCUCAGUAAAUAAGUGAUAAUUAACUUUCUCAAACGGCCACAUGCCAGCGUCAUGGCAUCAGGGUCAACAUACAUAAACAUCCCUUAUCGGAGUGAAACUUUUUGUUGGUAAAGAUUUUGAAGUGAACAAACUUAUACUAUCGAUCCUUGUGAUGUGGAGUACUUUUCGAGGUUCUCGACAUAUCGAGUACUUUCUUUUCCACAGAGCCUGAAAUAACAUUCAAAACUUGGCCGGAAAAUAUGCAACCAAAAUGAAAUAUGAUCGGAAACUUUCAAAUUUGGUCGGCCCUUUUUUUAUUCUAUUUUAAUUCAAUAUAAAAUAUCACUUUAUGCCAAACACUAUAAAGCAUAGUUUAAUUAAAUGAUACCAAUUCUUUUAUGAAAACUGAUUGCUAUUUUUUGUAAAAACUAAAAAUGUCUCCCCAAUUUGGCAUUUGAUCGGAAAAACUGUCAUUUGGUCGGAAAAUGUCCGACCGCUAUUUCAGGCUCUUCUAUCGUGAACUGAAACACAUUCAUACACUGAUAAAUAUAUGUGUAUAAUUUUAGGUCUACGUGAAAUCUGGGGGUAAGAUGGGAUUACCGGUGUGGCGUCGUUCUGGAGACCAAGGUGACAAGUGGCUUCAAGCACACGUGCCUGCGAACAAACAAACGGCGUCAUAUAAGGUGAGCAUGCAUGCAUGCAUGUAGACCAGUGAACACCAAAUAUAACUGAAUGUAAAUAUAGCAGAUGCCAGAUAUAGGUAGCGCAGGUGAGUAUAGAAUUAGAAAUGUAUGCUUGUUCAAGUGCUAAGUAUUUCUGAUCUACCAGUGAUCGGAAACAAUCGCACUUUUCUACUUUUUUUGCAGUUUGUAAUCGAAGGUGUACGUGGUGAAGGUGACUUGGGACACAUUGCAAUUGAUGAUAUCUCUCUCAUGGAUUCAUGUCCAAGAGGUGAAUCACUUGUGUAUUAAUAGCUAUGUAGGCCGAAGUACCAUAAAUCUUUGACAAAAUAGAGUAGGAAAGCUGGGUUUCUUCGUAGUUCAUCAUUCGGUGCCACGUAUAUAGUUUAUAACGUAUUUUGAUGAUUUUAGAAAAUCAACCUAGUAAAACGACUUCGAUAGAUAAUAAUGGAAGUAAAAAGGCGACAAGUUUCCUUUGUAUUUUCCUCAUGAAUUAUUAAUGAGUAUUUUAAAAACAUUUACAGUUUCCACUACACCUGGAAGUUCACCAUCUACAACUAGCUCUGAAGGCAAGUGAUGCUUUUGUCUAAUUAUUUAUGGUGAUAUAUUAUAUAUAUUAAUGUAUAUGCAGUAUAGGUUAUUACAUUUUUAUGAUUUAAAUAAUCAAACUAGUAAACUAACUUCGGUAGAUAAUAAUGGAAGUAAAAAGGCGACAACAAUAUUUACAGUCUCUACUACACCUGCAAGUUCACCAUCACAAGCUAUACGUAGUUCUGAAGGCAAGUGA